ACUAUCCUUGCGAAUGGCUUUCACUCCGUCUCGCUCCAUCCCAUCUCCUUGAGGAUCGAGCCGUUUUAUAACCCUACUCUUCCUUCUCGCUCCGUUCCUGGUGGCCAUGAGAUAACGUCUCCAUACGCAUACCCAUCCCCCGCAUCAACAAUCCAAGCCAAACCGCCCGUUGCGUCACUCGUCACCGCUAGCCCUCUUCCACUAAGAGCUAUCAAUCGUAUCAGAACAGAGUGCCCGCCUCACUCUCCAAUAUUAGAGUUAUUAUGGCUGGACAGUCCAAGCUUGAGAAGCUGCCCCCGUGGGGUAGCGCUAUUGCUGGAUCCGCUGGCGCUGUUCUUGCGAAUGCCCUCGUCUACCCCUUGGACAUUGUGAAGACUCGUCUCCAGGUCCAGGACAAGCGCAGUGCAUCCUCCCCUGAUAAGAACCCCGCCGACGAUCAACACUACACGUCCGCCGUCGAUGCCAUCUCGAAAAUUGUCAAGGCCGAUGGCGUUAGUGGUCUCUAUGCAGGCUUACCAGGUUCAUUACUUGGUGUAGCUUCGACCAACUUUGCCUAUUUCUACUGGUAUACCGUAGUACGGACUCUAUACCUGCAGUAUCGCGCUGUCAAUACUCCUCCAGGAACUGCUGCGGAGCUCGCCCUAGGCGCAGUCGCAGGCGCAGUCGCCCAGCUCUUUACUAUACCCGUGGCCGUGGUGACCACAAGACAACAGACAGUUAGCAAGUACGAGCGCAAAGGCUUGAUUGCAACGGGCAAAGAAGUCAUUGACAGCGAGGAUGGCUGGACGGGCUUGUGGAGAGGGUUGAAAGCUAGCUUGGUUCUCGUGGUGAAUCCCGCCAUCACCUACGGUGCCUACCAGCGAUUGAGGGACAAUUUGUUUCCAGGGAAAACGAAUCUCAAACCAUGGGAAGCAUUCGUACUCGGGGCCAUGUCGAAAGCGCUCGCGACGAUUGCAACGCAACCACUUAUUGUCGCCAAAGUCGGUCUCCAAUCCAAGCCGCCUCCAUCUAGGAAUGGCAAGCCUUUCAAGACAUUCGGUGAAGUGAUGGCAUACAUUGUCGAGCAUGAAGGUCUUCUCGGCUUGUUCAAGGGUAUUGGACCCCAGAUCAUGAAGGGUCUGCUUGUGCAGGGUUUCCUGAUGAUGACGAAAGAAAGAAUCGAGCUCAUCUUCAUCCUCUUGUUCCGGUAUUUCCGCCAAGUCCGCGCCGAAAAAUUACAGAAGUUGGCCGAUUAUGCAGCUGAAAAAGCCCGACAAGGAGGCCCAGUCCUCAUGAAAUAA